AUAUACUUAUUAAUACAUUUUUGUAUUUCCUGAAUAAUAAUUAUGUAUUUCUCAUUAGAAAUCUCAUAAUGCUGAAAUAAAUUAUGUUGUUUCUGUUAAAUAUUAGAUGCUUGUGAAAAAAUUAGAAAAUGCAGUCAUAACUUGGGAACAACCUUGGUAUCAAUUAUCAACGUGUCUAACUAGACCUUUCAAAGAACCUGCUGAUGCUCAUGAAGAGCAAUAUGAAAUGGGCACUAUGACAAAGGAUGAAAUAGAUCAUAUUGCAAAAAAUUGGCGCAAGUUUAUUAAGAAAUUUGAUGUUCCAGACAAGUUAAUAUGCCUUGCAAGAUGGAGAAACAAAGAACUAAAUCAACGACUGCCUGAAGAGAAAGCCCGUGUAUUUGUGAUAGCAUAUUUAGCUCGUGGCUUAAAGAGAACAAUGUCUCAAAUAUAUAAACACAUUGUUUCGUAUUAUGGAGGAUGCAAUAAAGGGCAAUAUUCAAAGGACGAAGAAAAAGUAAUGGGUAUUUGCUUCCAUCAUUGCCCAAAAAAAGCUGUCACAAUUCUAAGUACGGUGCUCGCCCGGGAACCGAGGGGAAUUUACAAAAGACUUUACUUUACUACAAAUGGUAAGCUCUCAAAAAUGCUAUAAAUAAUCUCACCUCUCACAU